GCCGCUAGUGAAAGGUGUAAAGUUCGCUUUGCAGCUAAAAAAAAAGAAUGAUUUGCCCAAAAACGAGAAUAGGCUGUCAUUAUUACGAAAAACGAAAGAAGUCAUGUUUUUACGUUCUUAUGCAAGUCGUGUUCCACACCGAUUACUCUUUCGAACAUUCACAACCAUGGAAUAUAAUAUCUCUGUUGCUGGCAAAAACGUUCCCGUCAAAGCUGCUACUGCUGACAUUGACAUCAAACCGGUUUUUGAAUUCCAACCUUUCAAAGACUGGUGCGCCUCAUUUGACAAGGAGCUGAGUCAAUCCAAAGACAUUACUUUGAACUCAAUUCAGAUCCAAAGUGUCGAUAUCUUCGGCAAUGACAAAAUAGGAUUUGUCAAAUUCAAGGCUGACGCUGAGCUCACGGAAACCGGAAAGAAAGUGCCCGGUAUUGUGUUCAUGAGAGGAGGAGCUGUAUCGGUGUUGAUUAUUUUGAGAUCCUCAGACAAUCCUGAAAAAGGUGAUCGUGUUAUUUUCACACUUCAACCACGCGUGCCAGUCCCUUGCAUCAAGAUGCCUGAGCUUCCAGCCGGCAUGCUCGAUGGAUCCGGUAGCUUUUCUGGUACUGCCGCCAAGGAGAUUGAGGAAGAAACAGGCUUAAUCAUUGAAGAGCGAGAGUUGACCGAUAUGACAGAAUUGGCAUACGGUAAUGCCUGGCGAGGCGUAUAUCCUUCUGCAGGUGGAUGUGACGAAUUUCUGCGCCUGUUCCUGUGCGUCAAGUCACUGCCUUCCAAGCAAAUUGAUGAAUUGGAAGGAAAAUUGACAGGAUUAAGAGAUCAUGGAGAGUCCAUCACGCUCAAGCUGGUUAAACUGGAAGAUGCAUGGAAGGAAUCACCAGAUGCCAAGCUUCUUUCAAGCUUAGCACUUCUAGAUGCGCUCAAAAAAGCUGGAAAGUUGUAAACAUAUAGUGUCUAGGUUUAGCCAACAAUCUAAUUUGGCAAAUGAAUGUAGUAUAUGUCCCAUUUAAAUAUGAUAUCCAUUGAUUUUUGAAGAAAGACACAGA